GGUGUGUAAAGAUUGCAUUAGUCAAAGUGAAAUAUUGAAUCACUCCGUCAACGUCCGCAAGAGAAACGAUCAAAAGAGAAGAGGAAAGAAGUAGUUCCUUGGAUACAAAUUAAAUUGAGUACGUGAUUAAUCACUACAGGUCUCAAAGAUCAACUACUACAUUAAUUUGUUUUCAGUCAUAAUGUUACAUAGCUCCCUUAAGUAUUUUAUUAAUAACGGAACAAAUUCAAAUAUCAAUGUUAGUGGUGAAAUCUACAUGCUUCAUGAAACGAGUACUAUGGGUAACUACGUAGCGUCCGUACAAGAAAUUUCCGAACUGAAACAAUUUGAGAAUUUUUAUAAACCUAUUCAUGGCUACUUAGCCGCAUGUGUUUGUGUAUUUGGAGUGCUGGCGAAUAUAUUAAAUAUAGUUGUGUUGACGCGGAAGAAUAUGCUUACGUCAACAAACGUCAUUUUAACUGGAUUAGCAAUUUCGGAUGGACUAACAAUGGCAUUGUAUUUUCCAUGGGCAUUAGGAAUGUACAUUAUAAAUGGUGUUGAAGCCCGACCGUCCAGGGAUACGUACCAAUUGGCUCAAUUCCAAAUGGCAUAUGCUAUAAUGAGCGUAAUAGUGCAUUCAGUAUCGAUUUGGCUGACCGUCACGCUUGCCGUCUUUCGAUAUGUUUUUAUCAGAUUUCCGCGCAGAGGUGUUCGACUUUGUAACAUAGAACGGGCUAAAACGGCGUGCGGUAUAGUGGUUGCGGCUGUCUUAUUUGUAUGCUUACCAAAUUCACUAACCUACGAGAUAGUUGGAGAAUGGUAUAAUGUUACAUUAACGGACGGAACCUACGUAAAUGGAACGGUUUAUUGGGUUGAUGUGAAAAGUGCCACGGGAUUUUGGGAAGUAUUUAAAAAUCUAAACUUCUGGAUUCAGGCUAUUUUUAUAAAGCUGUUACCAUGUUUUCUUCUAACAGUGUUCAGUCUGUUGCUACUUAAAACAAUGAGAGACGCUGAGAAAAGACGUAAGCGACUACUUAAUAAAGUUCCUUUGUCGGACGGUGAAAGUGGUGCUCUCAGCAGUGGAAGUAAUACUGGUAAGAAAAUAAAAAAGACAAGCAGAAGCAACAGAACAACUCGCAUGUUGCUUACUGUGGUUUUCAUGUUUAUAAUAACAAAUACGCCACAGGGUAUUCUUAGUGUCCUAAGCGGCCUUAUAGAUGAGUUUUUUCACAAUGUGUACAUGCCACUAGGAGAUUUAUUGGACAUUAUGACAUUGCUAAAUAAUGGUAUAAAUUUUGUUUUGUAUUGUACUAUGAGUAAACAAUUCCGUGAGACAUUUAUUAAAAUAUUUGUGAAAAAUUCUAUGGGCGCUAAUAAUGGUGUACGUAAAACUACCACGUAUAUAACGGCACAAGAUACACAAGCUACGCGCGAUUCUGAUGUGUAAACCUUGCUUAAUAUUGUUUGUAGAUAUUGUAUCAUCAUGACAGCAAAUGUUAUAAAUCAAAUAGUGCAUGUUUCCCUUCUUUUUGGUCAAAUUUUCAAUAAAAGAAGUCAUUACAAAUGUAUUAAAAAAUGACUUACUAAUAAUAAGUAUAAUUAUAUUUUCAUAGUUUCGUCGACUGAUAGGGCAACCUUGCACUUAUCAAUUUACCUUUCCGAAAAAAAAUAUUAAGAAGAGUUUGAACCAUAUAUCAAUUAAUUCAAUAUUGAAUGAGUGUGUAUGUGUGUGUGUAUGGUUUGUGCUUGUACUCGUUGGAAUAUGUACCAAGCUUGUAUUUACAACACUCCUAAUUUUCAUUUAUUUUCAUUAGCAUCAGUGUAUACACAUUUUUUGUAAAAUCUAUGAAUAUUCAGAGAAAAAAUGCAUAUUAAUAGAUGUGAAUAUUCAGAGAAAAAAUAGCAUAUUGAUAGAUGUUAUUAACAGAAAAGUAAAUAAUGGACCAAAUAAAUUAAGGAUAGGGACAAAUGGACCCCCAAACAAUAUAGAAUAAUGGGGUGCUCGAAUAAAAAAGAUUUAAGAAUAAUGGGGAAUCAAAGAAUUGAGAAAAAAAUAGCUGGAAAAAAAGCGAAUACAAAAAUGACGACCCACCCCCUCCGGACCCCCUUGUAUAUGUUUGAUUGUUGUUAAUUAAUAUGCUUUUCUUUCCCUAUUAUUUUUAAAGCUAUGUUAAUGAAAUAAUAAAGUAUAUAAAAGUC